AUGCUGGAUAAGAAAGAAACAGAUGCGCCAGAGAUCACCAGGAGAACUUCAAUGACCAGGUACUCGAACAACUGUGUGCUCUCCAAAGGAGGCCUUCGCAAACCUUUCUCCUAUGUCCGCCUCCUCUUCUCUCUCGACUAUACCAAGACCGAUGUUUUCCUCAUAAUUUGCGGCGUCGUCUUCUCCAUCGCGGCAGGACUCCCGUUCCCUCUUCUGGGUAUCGUCUUUGGCGACUUGAUUAACGAUCUGAACACGGCUACUUGCUCCCCAUCCACACAAACAAAUAGCGAGGUUGCCGAUAGUGUGCGUCAAAAAGUGCUCUACGUGAUUUAUAUCACCAUUGCCAACUUUUGCUUCAUAUACAUUCAUUGCGGUUGUUGGAGCUAUAUUAGCGAGCGCAUUGCACGACGGUACCGGAGACGAUAUUUCGAGAGCAUUAUCAAGCAAGAGACUGGGUACAUUGAGAGUUUACCAGCAGGUGAUGUGGUAUCACGGUUGGUGAGUGAUAUUCAAAUCGUGCAAUCUGGCACCUCGGAGAAAGUAGGCCUUGUUAUUUCCACAGUGUCCUACUUUGUAACGUCAUACGUUGUGGCGUUCAUCAAGGUGCCUGAAAUUGCGGGUAUGCUGGUCUCUGUUGUGCCUUGCUACUUCUUCAUGUCUUGCGUCGGUGGACACUACAUCAAGAAGUAUGGAAGCCAAGUCAAUGAGAAUAUCAGCGCGGCUACGUCCAUUGCCUCUUCAAGCUUGUCACAUCUGGCACUGGUACAUGCGUUCAACUCCAAUGACCGACUGGAAAAGCUAUAUGCCGAUUAUUUGGCUGACUCGCGAAUGGCUGCACUCAAGAAGGCAGGAUCACAUGCUGUGCAACUUGGGCUGCUAUAUUUCAUUGCAUACGCUGCGAACGCUUUGGCCUUUUGGGAGGGUUCUCGAUUGAUCGCCGAUUCAGUGGAUAACAAUGGCGAUGGGACAUCUGUUGGGGCUGUGUAUACAGUCAUUUUUGUCUUGAUUGACGCUUCGUUUAUUCUCAGCCAAGUCGCACCAUUUGUGCACGUAUUUGCAGCAGCAGCAGGCGCAUCUGAGAAGCUUCUAGAGGUCAUCAAUCGCGAUUCCAAGAUAGACGGAACUGCCGACUACGGAGACAAGUCUGCAUCAUUUGAAUCGGAAGACAUCGUGUUCCGCGACGUGCAUUUUACCUAUCCGUCUCGGCCAGAAGUACCUAUCCUACAAGGAGUCGAUUUUGCGAUUCCGCCUCGCAAGCAUACCGCAAUUGUUGGUCCCUCUGGAGGUGGGAAGUCCACCAUUGUCGCUCUUCUUGAACGCUUCUAUGACCCUGAAGCCGGACAAAUCAUCAUAGGUGAGCAAGAUUUCCGAGACCUGAAUGUGCGGUUUCUCCGUGGGAAAACCGGAUUCGUCCAACAGGAGCCAUCUUUGCUGGACCGUUCCAUUCUCGAAAACAUUGCCUACGGACUGGUCAGAUCCGCAGCUGAGCAGCAUCAGAAUCUGGCUCCAUAUAUUCUCGACUCCACACUGGCCACAUUGGUGGAUUAUCUUCGAUUAGGUAUAUCAGAAAAGAAAGCCCUGCAGGAAUUCGACCCUCAUGUCGCCAGAAUUGUCUUCUUGGUGCGACAAGCGGCAGCUAACGCAAAUGCUUUGACUUUUAUCGAUGCGCUUCCCCACGGGUUUGCGACGAACGUGGGCCCUUCUGGGAGUCAAUUGAGUGGUGGUCAAAAGCAGCGUAUUUCAUUAGCUAGGGCCCUUGUGCGUGAGCCAGCUCUUUUGAUCCUCGACGAGGCGACAGCAGCUCUGGACUCAACAAGUGAACGGUUGAUUCAGGAUGCUCUCGCAAAGCUAGCUGGACGUGUAACCAUGGUAUCGAUUGCACACCGUUUGGCGACUGCCAAAGACGCCCAUAAGAUAGUGCUUGUGCAGAAAGGCCGAGUUGUCGAGGAGGGCUCCCACACUGAGCUUGUUGCUAGACGUGGCUCAUACGCUGAGAUGGUGCGACUGCAGAAUCUUGGAAAGCUAAGCCCAAAAUUGACAACCGGAGAGGAUAAUAUUCGUGAAGCUUGCCAGGGUAUUCUUGGCCAUCAGACAUUCACAACUGAGACCAAAGAGUCGUUCGUUGAUGUGACUGGCACCAACGUCGCAGAUGCUACAGACGAUGCGCUUCCUCCAUUUGCCACGGAAUCGGAAAAAGAAAAAGAAAAAAAAGGUGUCUGA